AUGAGAGAGGUGAUCAGUUUGAACGUUGGCCAGGCUGGCUGCCAAAUGGCAAAUUCUUGCUGGGAGCUUUACUGCCUUGAACAUGGAAUCCAGCCAGAUGGACGAUUGAGUGAAGAACAGAAAGCCGCUGAGCAGGACCAGGGUUUUGAAACUUUCUUCUCUGAGACAGGUGCGCAUUCUUGCCCGAAUCUACCAUACAUCUCGCUAAAGCACUCUUCAGGACAGGGUAAAUACGUUCCACGAACAAUCUACUGUGACCUUGAACCGAACGUCGUCGACGAAGUGCGCACUGGAACAUACCGCAACCUGUUCCACCCGGAGCAGAUGAUCACUGGAAAGGAAGAUGCCUCGAACAACUAUGCUCGUGGCCCAUUAUACCGUUGGCAAGGAGAUGAUCGACAAAGUUAUGGACAGAGCUUCCUGGUUUUCCAUUCAUUCGGUGGUGGUACUGGAUCCGGCUUCGGUGCCCUCUUAAUGGAGAGAUUGGCCGUUGACUUCGCGAAAAAAACCAAACUUGAAUUCUGCGUUUAUCCUGCUCCCCAGAAUGCGACCUCUGUCGUCGAGCCAUACAACUCUAUUCUCACCACUCACACCACCCUGGAAAACUCCGACUGCAGUUUUAUGGUUGAUAACGAGGCUAUUUACGAUGUCUGCCGCAAAAAUUUAGGCAUCGAACGACCCAGCUAUGAGAACCUGAAUCGCUUAAUUGCACAAGUGGUUUCGUCGGUUACCGCAUCUCUACGCUUUGACGGUUCUUUGAACGUCGACCUGGCCGAAUUCCAAACCAAUCUCGUGCCUUAUCCUCGUAUCCACUUUCCCUUGGUUUCAUACGCGCCUGUCGUGUCUGCGGCCAAAGCAGCUCAUGAAGCUAACUCCGUUAAUGAAAUCACCAUGGCCUGCUUUGAGCCUCACAGCCAAAUGGUCAAGUGCGACCCUCGUAACGUUCCGAAAGACGUGCACGCUUCCGUGGCCGCCUUGAAGACCAAGCGCACUAUCCAAUUUGUCGAUUGGUGUCCCACCGGCUUCAAAAUUGGUAUCUGCUAUCAGCCGCCAAAGAUGGUUCCCAAUGGAGAUCUUGCAAAGGUUGACCGUGCGGUUUGUAUGCUGGCGAACACGACUGCCAUUGGCGAAGCAUGGUCUGCGUUGUCCCAUAAAUUCGACCUUAUGUUUGCCAAGCGUGCCUUUGUUCACUGGUAUGUGGGCGAAGGUAUGGAGGAAGGUGAAUUCUCUGAGGCCCGUGAAGAUCUCGCCGCCCUUGAGCGUGACUAUGAGGAAGUUGCAAGGGAUUCUGCGGAGGAUGUGCCCGAAGAAGAAUACUAA